ACAGCCUUUGUUCCUUGUGUUUGAAAGAGGGAGAUCUAUCACAUCGUCUGGUUCUGGCUCUCUGUCAGCUCUGCAGAGCGACUUGCCCGAGUUCAGCUCGAUUGCCCAAUACGAAACGUACAGCGUGCCCCAAAUACUUCACUGCAACGCAGCGCGACUUUGCUACUCUUGCCUCUGCAUCACCCCCACUACCAUAUAUAUCUAGCCCACCAUGUCUUACACUGCGACAUCAGCUGAGGUCGCUGAUGACUUCAAGGAUGCGCUUCAAGACCUCACCAUCAAUGAUAGAGCACAGAUCAACAAUCUCAUGAUCAUCGCGAAAGAGAACACCGAACAUGCCCAGGCGAUUUCACGAGAGCUUGUGAAUCACAUCAAGACGACCCGGCCUGAAUUCAAACUUCCUGCUCUGUAUGUUCUUGAUGCUAUUGUCAAAUUUGUUGGCACUCCAUACACUGUAUACUUGAGCAGAGAUCUAUACAAGACAUUCAUGGAAGCAUAUUCCCUGAUGGCUCAAACUACAAGAAGGGCCAUGGACAAUCUGCUACAGACUUGGAAAGCACCGCCACCAGAAUCUAUGGAGAAACGUCCUGUCUUUCCGCCUGAAAUAACCCGCGACAUCGAGAAUGCGUUGAUAAAAAUUCGAACCAUCACAGUACAGUCCCAGCAACAGCAACAACAGCAACGCACGCAACGACCGAUGCAGAAUCCUCUUCCUGCCCGGCCCGGUCCCGGCGAGCCAUGGCGGAAUACACCAACACCACCACAGAAUUCGUUCCCGCAAAGUCACGACCCUCGGGUUCGUCAAAUCACGCCUCAACAGCACGGCAUCUCAUUCGCAUCCCCUUACAGCUCAUCUACUCCAGCAAAUGGAAGUCAACAAAUUCAGCCCAUCAGCUCGGCCCAGCUUCUCUCUGAAGUCGAUAAGCUUGUGACAGUAACCCGAACGGAGUGGAUGCAGAAUUUCCAAAGUCAGGAACUGAUGACAAAGCUGAAAGCUCUCGUGGAUCUACAGACAUUAUUGAAGUCGCAGCAGCUAUCCGAUGAUCAACUGAGAGCCAUACGAGAUCAGCUUCUACCGCUGACUCCCUCUACAACCCCUAAUACUGCUUAUCAGGCCCCUCAACCUUUCCACAGACCGGGUUCAGUACAACCUCCUCCACAGAUACAAGUACAGCCACCUUCGGCAUCACUGUCGCAGUUCCUACAACCAACUCAAGCGCCGCCAGCAGUCAGUGCAAACCCGAUCAACCUAGCGCAACUGCUACAGUCCUCGACUCCGCAGACCCAAACACCCCCAGUCACGCAGCCGCCCUUUCAACAUCUCACCCCUUUGCCAUUAGCUACACCAGCAACUUCUACGCCAGUGUCAAGUGCACCUGCUCCAAAUUCGGCGUCCAGUCUGUCAUUGGCGCAAAUGCUACAACAGUUCGCCCCCCAAUCUACUUCAACGACUCCAAAACCCCCAGACCCCCGCCCCUUGCCAACACCAUCAAGUCAAGGUGGGCUGCCUCCUCCAGGGCAGAGUCCAAGCUGGCUUCUAGAUGCACUGAAAUCCCAGAACAUCCUAAGUACCGGUGGUUCACCCAAUCCAGCACCGCCGCAACUGCCAACGGCGCUACAUGGCUUUCUCGGUAGCGGACCCAUGGCACGCGUCCCUAGCGUACCGACCAAUACCGAAAACGAUGUCCAACUCAACACAGCGUCCAUCACCAAACACCCCCGUCCGUACCUCAUCGCCCGUUUAUACGGCGCUCUCCCCAACCAAUGCUCCACCUGCGGCCGCCGUUUCCCCGCCACGGACGCCGGGCGCGCCGCCAAGGCGAAACACAUGGACUGGCACUUCAAAGUCAAAGACCCGGACAUUGCCAAACGCGGCGUUCACCGCAGUUGGUAUGUUGGCGAGCGCGAGUGGAUCGAGUACCGCGAGGUCGACGAGUCGAACCCGUCAGCACCCACCGGUACAUCCCCCGGCGGGGUUACGGGCGGCAAACCUGAGCCUGCAGAGCGCUACAUCCGUGUCCCGGCCGAAAUCACGCUUCAGAACGCCCCGUGCCCAAUAUGCCAGGAGCGAUUCGAGAAGAAGUGGCUUGUGCAAGCGAACGACUUUGUGUGGAUGGAUGCGGUUAAGAAGGGCGGCAAGGUAUAUCACGCGAGUUGUUGGGAGGAGGUGAACAAGGGUAUGAGUGCGAUGGCGAUGGCGCAACAGCAGGCUCAGCAGAGGGCGGCGAGCGCGACGCCGGACAGCGUCUUGGGGAAGAGGAAGGCGGAGGAGGAGAGUGGAGGGGAGGUCAAGAGGGGUCUUUGGACAUAGGCCUGUUCUCCUGAUGUCGAUAAGGCUGGAAGAGGGGAAAGUGAAGCAUGGCGUUUGGGUUUCAAUGGGAAUAUGUGUCUGCAUGUCACACACACAGACAUGCACACGCACGCACGCACGCACGCAUCGCAAAAAAGCAAGCAAGAAAGCAAGCAAUUAUCACGGCUGUAUAUAGAUGUAUCUAUACUCGAACACGACCAAGCACAAGACCCAGCGCGUCUUCAUCUCACCAUC